AAUCACUCCUUUCAAAAAAAUCACUAAUUACUAGUUCUUUCUUUCAACAUCAACAACCUAUUCUUUCAUUUAGUUACUUUGUUGGCUAUUUCCCCAGUACGAGUAUAGUACAGUCUAUCGUUAAUAUCCUACUAAACUUUCCUGAUUCAAGGAAGCCCAAACAAGCGGCCAGAAGAAAAACUGAAUUAAAAAAAAAAAGAGAGAAGAUUAGCCGCCCUUCGCCUAACUUAUCUUUAAAGUGUUGAUAGUUGUAUUCUAUUUGUUGAUAGUUGUAUUCUAUUCAGCCUUGAUUUGAUGUUUUUCACUAUUAGCUAGAUCCGUUCUUUUGUUCCUAUCCUCUCGUGUUAUUCUAUAAUGAAAUUUUUGGGGAAGUUAUAUUUUCUAUUAAGUGUCUUGUCAGUUCUACUAGUUGCUCAAGCAGAUGAUUAUGUUGGGUGUUUUUCCGCAAUAGGCAACGACAAGUCUCGAGGCACCAACAUGUAUCAAACUCCUUCGAAGUGUGUCGAGGAAUGUUCUGAUUAUCCUUACGUAGCUUUGAAAAAUGGUAAUGAAUGUUACUGUUUAUUUGGCAAACCUACCCAUGAAACCGAUGCUUCGAAAUGUUCAACCAGUUGUUAUGGUUAUGGUGACGCUGUGUGUGGUGGUGAAGACGUGUUUGGCGUUUAUAAAGGGGAUGGGGAUGCAUCAAGUUCUAGUGCAAGCUCCGAUUCUUCUUCAACUUCAUCUUCCAGCUCUUCGAGCUCGCUGUCGAAGUCUUCUUCUUCGUCGUCGGCUUCGAUCACUAGUGGGCCUUCUUCGUCAGACUCCCACGAUUCUAAAACAACCGAAGUUGUCACCACUUCGCUGUCAUCAGAAAAUGGUAAAAUGGUUUACAAAACUGUCACCAUAUCUGCUCCUUCAUCCACUUCUUCCUCGGACUCCUCGGACUCCUCGGACUCUUCCAAUAAGUCUUCGGGCUCGUCCUCUAAAGUGGGCCCUAUAGUAGGUGGUGUUGUUGGUGGUAUAGGUGGAGCCAUUGUCUUGGCGGCUUUGGCAUUUUUCAUUAUAAGACAUAAAAAUAAAGAUGAUGAUGAAGAUGAAGAAGAAUUUUACGAUAAGGCCAAUGAUGGCUUGGGCUUGGGCCGUGGCGGCACGGCUAAAACCCGCAAAGUCGCCAGUCCUCUUGAUAUGCCAAUGUCUAAUCCGUUUGUUCAUCCAAGCGAAAAUGAUGAUGAUAUAAGUGCUCCUGGUGCAACCGGACCAUCGUUCUUUGGCUGAUGAAGCUGAUUAUUCAAGAAAAAUUUUACAAGUUGCAAAUCCUGAUCAUUAAAAAAAUCUUUCAAAAAAAAAAAAAAAACAAAAUAAUUAAUAAUAAAAGAAAUCAUCAAAAAAAAAAAAACAUUCAAAAACAUUCAUACCGUCCUCUUAUUAUUUAUAUUUAACGAUACCCUAAUGCUUUAACUUGUUUAAUUUACUCAUUUUACAUCUUCAGUUUCCUCUCGUGCAUUUUCUUUCUUUCUGUCUAUUUUUCAUUCGUUCCUUUCUUACAUUCAUUCCUUCUUUCUUUCUUUUAGUUCGCAAAAUACGGUAUUUUGUCUUGGUUUUAUAUACUUCAUCAUCUCUACAUAAUCCUUCUCUGGUAAUUAAACUUUAUAAUUGUA